CAUGGCAAUAGUAUUCGCUCUAAAAAGAAAACAUAUUUAUGCAACGGUAUCUGCAGCAAACGCUGAAUCGGCAAUAAAAACUUUCGCACAGCUCAUUGAAGCCAACUGGAGGUAUGAUAUCUCAACCGUUGCAUCGAAUAAUCUGCACAUAAAAAGAUGGAAUAAAAUAACCAUCAUACCCUUAGCCAAAGACUUGAAACUGAUGAAAAAUUACCUGACUACUGAAGCUGAUAAAGCCAAACAAAAAUUAAGUAGUGAAAAUGAAAACAAAUCGGCAUACAAAGUUUUAACUGAAACUGUCUAUUGUAGGGUGUUAUUACUUAAUAGAAAGAGGCCAGGAGAAUUACAGAGACUAUUAAUCGAUUUAUAUAAUCAAUCAUCCAAAAGACAAAAUUAUGAAGAAUUUUCCGAUGCUAUUUCACCUACGGAAAAAAUUUUAAUGAAUCGAUUCAAGAGAAUUGUUAUAAGAGGAAAGAGAAAUCGCGGCGUUCCUGUCCUAUUCAGUACAGAAGUUCAGAAAGACAUCUCAAUAAUGACUGAAAUAAGACACAAAUAUGUCAGAGAGGAAAACAGAUUUUUAUUCGCCCUUCCUGACAGCGAUUCACAUAUCGUGGGUUAUAAGGUUCUGGCGAAAUAUGCAAAAGCCUGUGGGGCAGAAAGACACGAUGCACUUACAUCUACGAGACUAAGGAAGCACCUAGCCACCCUAUCACAGAUAUUCAGCAUGACGGAUUCGGACUUGGAGCAAUUAUCAACAUUUAUGGGACACACUCCUGGAACCCAUAAGAAUUCUUAUAGAUUGCCUGAUGACGUUUACCAAUCAUCUAAAAUUGUGAAAAUUUUGCUCCUCAUGGAACAAGGUACAUCUGCUUCUUUCAAAGGGAAAACUCUUGAUGAAAUCGAAGUUGAUUUGGAACAGAACCUAGAAGAUGAACUAGAACCAGAUGAAGAUGCCAUUCCAAGCGAUGUGAAUGAUGAUAUUAAUAUGGACUACGAAACACUUGAAAGGAGUAGUAGGCAGAUUAACAUUGAAAAAAGAGAAGAAUCUGAGAACGAAAACCAGAAGGAUGAGGUUCUGAAAAGAAAGAAUAAGAGAAAAAACAACAAAAUUCAAAGAACGCCGUGGACAGAGGAACAGAAGAAGGUUGUCAAAGAAUUUUUCCAAACCAAUAUCCGAAAUAAAGUACCACCCAAAAGAAUCGAGUGUGAAAAACUCAUAAGCCAGAAUAAUGAAUUAUUGAAGAACAAGGACUGGCUUAAAAUUAAGGUUUUCAUACAGAAUGUAUAUACCCUUAAAUGUAAGGGUUAAAAUUGAAAAAUUGUAUCAAUUUCAAUAGUUUUUUCUUGAAUAAAGGUUCACGAAUA